AUGGCAUACUACGAACCACAGGGCUGGCAGGCUCCGAUGCGCCAGGCCUCCUGGGAAGCUUCCGCGCCUCCCUCGCGAUCAGGUACUAGCUCGACCGUGCAGCGAGAACCCGAGUCCAACGCCUUCGCUUCUCAAUUCGAUGAGGUGGAACGGGCCCUUGACAAUCUGUCGAAGAGCGGGAAGACCUUUGGUGGCCUUCCACGUCGAGACUCUAUGCCGAUGAUGAUGGGCCGACCAUACGAAUAUAGCGAUCCCCGUUCGAUGGGAGCCAUGGCAUCCCCCCGUCACCAUUCGAUCAGCGACUACGACAACGUCCGUCCGCAUUCGGCAUCGAACCUGCAGGGCUUCUAUGCCGCACAGCGCUUCCAGGGCCGUCCCAACGAGAGCGAACAGAUGAUACAGGCGAAGCGUCGACUGGCUGCCCAGCGAGAGAGAGAGCUUCGCAAUUACCACCAAGAACAGCAAUACAAUCGAAGCCUUCUUGCCGAUAUCUCAGGAGAUAAAUCCGACCGAUCCAUGAGCCCUGCGGCCAUGAACGAAGAAAGCCGCCGCGACCUGAUCGCCCGCCAGCACCGCGCUCUCUACGGCAAUGACUCCGCUGUUCAGACCCCUACCGCCGGCCAAGGUGAUGAAUCUCACACGCAGCAAUCCGGUACUCCCACCGCCGGCAUCACCAGCGGCCGUGGUGCAUCCCCUCGAGGCGUCGACCCAUUCCUGGGCCAGUCUCACGUCGACAACCAGAACCAAUCCUCCUCUAGCGCUACCGGCCCAUCGUCCGCCGCCGCCCGCACUCGAUCCCCAACAACUACGGCCUCUCCGCCCUCUAACAACAACCAAGGCGCGACCUACGGCGUCUUUGAGUCGAGCCAGCAGCAACAGGCACAUUCCACUACUUCUCCCGCCGGUAAGGGAGCCACUGACUCAUCCCCUUCCCGCGUAGGCCCUAUCGGCUCUCGCCCUUCUCAGCAACAUCAGCCAACACGUCAGCAGCAGAAGCAGCAGCAAUCCACAUCUAACCAGAGCCCUAACCCGUCUCUAUCCUUACGUUCGACCACCCCUCUCCCUUCCCCGCUUGGGUACCACUUCUCGCCCAAUGAAGCCAACCAGUCCUCUACCGACAACGGGAACGGGAACGGGACGGGCCCCGGCAACGGAAACGGAAACGGAAACGGUACUCAAUCCAACUCCUCGGCUGCAACUAACAGGUCUGCGUCGGGAACUAGUGCCGGCCAAUCCAUCAAAGAGUCCUCUCCUACCAGCGGACUCUGGGGAAGCCGCGGAGUAGGAGACCGCAAUGUCCAAUGGGGCACGAAGAACCCGCUUGGCGUACAGGCCUCCGUCUGGGGCUAA